AUGUCGCAUGAGUUUGCUGUCGAGGCUUACUUGUCUUCCAAACAGUUGAAUAACCAAUCUGUCUCGUUAGUGAUUCCUCGAUUAACGAGAGACAAAAUCCACAAUUCAAUGUACUAUAAAGUGAACCUAACUGACAACUCAUUAAGAGGAAACACAGUGUUACAAUUGUCUAAGGUGAUAGUACGAGAUCUGGGAACUUUGCUAAAUGGCAGUAGUCAACAAUUGAAUGUAAUUGGUGGUGUUGAAUUUAAAUGCAUAUUGAUGAAGUUGGUUGAAAUGCGACCUACUUGGGAGCAACUGUUGAGUUUGCUUAAUAUUGAUAAUGAUUUCAAUAGUGUGGGGACUGUUGGGGAGUUCGAUAAUAAAUACAUUACAGCAUUGGUGUUGACAUAUAUUAGGAUACAAUACCAUUUUAUAAAUUCAGACCAUCAGCUUUUUAAUAAGUGUAAGAAGCUAUUUAAAUUAUAUAUGAAUGAUUAUAGGAAACUGAAAUCCAUUGCUUUCGGUACCAACUGUUGGUCGAUGUCACAAGCUAUCGAUGUUGGGAUAGGACAUAUAGAUGAGCUUGUGGAAUGGCUGGCUACGAAGAAUGAUAUUUGGGGACUGCCACUUGCAAUGUGUUCAUGGUGUAACCUUGAUGAAGCCAGUGAGAGUGAGAGUGAGAGUACCGCUGAUUCAGACUCUGAAUCAAAUUAA